ACAGGGAUAGAGCUGGAUCUGAGCCACAUCCCAGCGUGCAGGAGCCUGUGCAGGGCUCCUCGGUGGGGUGAUGGGGGUCCCUUCACCACCAGCCACACAGGGACCCUUUGGGACAGGGACUUUCCCAGGUUUGGAAGGGCUGCUGGCUUGGCCGUUGACUGAGUGUUGUGCAAGAGCUGAACUUGGAAGAAAAUCAGAAACCUCCCUCUGGAAAUACCCCUUGGGCUGGAAGCUGUGGAGGUCCUGGGGCCCGUGCUCAUGGGGGCGGUUCCUAAAGGGCUUAAGAAGGGCUGAGGUUGGAGCCGGCAGCCAGAAGGAGACAGCCCCAGCCAGCGGCACCCGCUCCCUGGAAGGGGGAAGGAAGGAAGGAAAGAAGGGAAAACCAGCCCUGCUGCUGCCCUGUGGGUGAUGGAACCGGCUUCUGUCCUUCUCCUCCUCAGCUCACUGUGGGGCUGCAGCGGGCACCCUGCUCACAGGCUGGUGGUGACACCGCGGGAGCCGCUGGUGCCGUUUGGGGGCUCGACAGAGCUGAACUGCUCCUUGGCCUGCGCAGGGGGCAAGGUGGAGUGGAGGGGGCUGGACACCGCCCUGGGGACCAUCUCCUCCUUCUCCACCCACAGCAUCUUGCACAUCAGGAAUGCUAUCGUGGCCACAGAGGGCAUGAAGAUCUGCCAGGGUAGCUGCCACGGGCAGCACUACCAGAACACCGUCACGCUGAAGGUGUACGCCCUCCCAGACAUGCUGAGGCUAGAGGCAGCUCCCCACAUCCUGCACCCAGGACACCCUGCCAACCUGAAGUGCUCGGCCACACACCUAUAUCCUAUCACUGGGGUGGCCCUCACCUGGUACUGGGGGCACCACGUGGUGGAGGACACAGACUUUGAUUUCGAGGAGACCGAUGAGGAGCUGUAUAACAUCAUUUCCACCCUGUCCGUGAGUGGGACAGAGGUGGCAGAAGGGGUGGAGUUCAGGUGUGAGGUGACGCUGCACGUCGGGCAGGAGACCUUCACCCGGGUGGCUUCUCUGGUGGCAAGUGCUGAGGCUGUGAUGGAGCAGCCGGCAGCCGUGGUCACGUCCAUGGGGAACCCCAGCACAGCCAAGCCCGUGGCCACCACAGCAUUUCCUCCAGGGCCGAGUGUCCCUCCAGGUGAUCCCACCACAGCAUGGAAGCCAAACACUGAGACCACCCUGGAUCUGGCUGCUGUCACCAACGCGCCCUCCACGGAGCCCCAGGACCUCAUGGCAGGCAGCUCCACGGCACGUGUGGCCACUGGCGCGGCGGGGACAGGACCACCUAUGGGGACAAAUCCUGCCUGCAGCCUGCAGAUCUGGUCGCUGCCUCCCACCGGGACGCGGGGCAGGGCCCUGCGCAUCGAGUGCCACGCUCAGUGCUCCGGGAACGCCACGGUGGGCUGGCUCCGGACCCCCGCAGCCCUCUCGCAGUACCGGGAGGAGUCCGCGGGCAGCAGCUCCGCGCUGCGGCUGGACCGGGCCGAGCCCUGGCACCAGGGCCACUACCAGUGCGUGCUGCUCGGCAGCCGAGCCCAGAUGGUCAGCCUGGAGGUGAUGGUGCUGGACGAUUCCUUCAGCUCGAGCCCGGCCAUUGCUAUGGGGACAGCGGGAUCGCUCUUGGGGCUCAUCCUGACCGUGGCCGUGUCUCGACGCCUGUGGAAACGAUUCAGAUCUCAGAAGCAGCUGUCCUAGGAGUGGGAGCAGGCGGCUGAUGGCCGCAGCCCUCCAGCCGUGUCCCUGCUGUCCCCCUGUCUGCCGCUCGCCCCGUCCUGGCCAGCAAGGAGCGGGAGGGAGAACAGCUGCCUGCGGCUGCCGCGGGAGGCAAAGCCUGGAAGGACAAUGAGCAGAGGCGACACAAGGACGAGGCCAGGGACGCGCCCGGGACUGGAUCCCCGCGGUCUGGCACCGAACACUGCGCUGGGUCCGGCGCUGGGGGCUCCCGGCACCAGCGGACGGGCGGGAGCACGAAGGCCGCUUGUCUGUCACAACAGAAUGUCCGAGGCAGCCCCGUGGG